AUGAAGAAAGAACUUACUUUUACUCGAAAGCGUUUAUCCGGCUGUAACGCCUUUGGAAUCGUUAACAGCUUUGACCCAAGAAAAGCUAUAGACCAAUAUUUUGAAGAUAUUUUACAAUUUCCUACGCGAAAUAUGCCCUUCAUUGAUGAAGCAAGUGUUGUAAGAACGACAGGAAAUCGAAGGUACGGACAUGCAUUUAUUGGGAAGCCAGCAGUCGAAAUAUGUCGCCACAGUUCCGAUGCUAACUUUACUGUUAAUUUGUUGUGCAGUAUGUUUGGUAUCGAUUAUUACAAUAUUUUAGAGGGCCCGUCAAAUGGAUUGGAACUUCUUCAAUUCUUUGAAGAAGCCCUAGAACAGGGGUACGAAGACGGAAAUCCAAUUCUGAGACCGGGUGACGCAGUUGUACUUGACAACUGCGGGUUUCAUCAUGCUAGGCACGUUGAGCCGAUUUUAUGA